AACUAUGUACAGUUCACGUAUUCAGUAAAAUCAGGUGUUAACUAAAAAAACAUUUUUUGUUCUUUCCGCAAGCGAGGUUGAUGUAAACAUCCGGUAUCAAAUAUUCCGAAGUGAUGAGAAGGCCUCGCUGAACUUGUCACCUGGAUUUACUAUGUUUUCACAUUUAUUCCAAAUAAUUUGUUAAGUUGCUAGUCAUGUGCCUACUCAUUGGUUCAUCGGGUGUUGGAAAAACUCUUCUACUAAAGAGGUUACAAAAUUACCCCACAAAGGCCACAACAGAGACUGACAUAGCGCCCAUGACAAUACCAACAGUAGGAACAAACUUGACCACAGUGACACUUGGGCGACGAGAUGAGAUCACACUCAGAGAACUUGGAGGAUCUAUGGUCCCCAUCUGGCAUAAUUACUUCAAGGAUGCUGGCUCCAUUAUUUACAUGGUGGACUUGACAAACCGGUUCCAGAUUGCUGCCUCCUGUAUACAGUUGUUGAUGGUGCUUUCCCACGCAGACACCCAGGGUCUACCUGUCCUUCUCAUCCUCAAUAAGACCGACCUGCCGACUGUGAUGAGCCAUGGGGAGCUGGAGUCAAUGUUCCGACUACAGGACAUCCUCACUCACUGCCCCAAGAUCUCCGUCCUCGAGAUGAGUGCCAAGACUGGACAUGGGCUGGACAUGAUCGCCAAGUGGAUCCUGCAGCAUCACAAGCCAGCGCCACCCCCCAGUCAGGCCCAUCACAAGCCAGCGCCACCCCCCAGUCAGGCCCCUGCAGAGUAGGACCCAAGGGGCUGGGGAAGCUAGGCAUGAUGAGAAAACUUUCAAUGGGAAGCUGAGUCUGGGUCCCGAUCCACAAGCCUUCAUAAAGUUAUGAACUGUUGUAACUCUUUAGUUAAUCCUAAAGUGAUGUAGCGCUACAACCAUUUUGUGGAUUGGGACCCUGGACUAGUAGUGGCAGAUGAUAACAUGAGAUGGACACUGAAUGAUAAGAGAUAUGCUCUGGUUUUCUCAUCUUCCAGACAAUCAUGUUUUGUAAUCAAAAAUGUCAUCUUUGACUAUUUUUGAUUAGUCUGUGACCAUAGCCACAAACAAGUCUGAUGUACAAGUCUGUUUGGUAGACCAUUUUGAAUGGCUGCUAACAUACAGAACACAGUAAGGCACCACAAUGUAUAUAUAGUGGUUUCUUAAUAAGGCUGAUAAAAGGCAUUGAUGUUUAAUGU